GUUAGCUAUCAAGUGGUAUAUUCAUUGCUUGUAUGAUCCAAAAUAUACGCGGCUAGCUGUCACUUUGCUUAAUUACAUUGCACUAGCUUUCCACUGAACUUUAGCAAUGAAGUAGUGCUCAUUGCGAAAUUAUCUUGUUUGAAAGUGUAGCUCGCUAAUGCUAAUGCAACCGCUACAUGGUCAGGACACUUCGUGUUGACUUGGCUAACUUUAGCUUGUUUGUGCAAACUUGUAUCUCGCUAGUUCUGGCAUUGGUAGCGUACUAUCAGGCUGUGCGACCACAUUCUCCUCUGAUAAAGUUCCCCAACCGUCUGGGUGUUCCAAGGCCUAACGUUCAGGAAGCGCUGAUGAUGGCUGCCGCUGCACAGUCGAGCGGCACCCACAGUUUACGGCCGCCUGCGGCGCCAACGGCGGCUCCCCCCAGGCCGCUGAGCACGGCCCCCCCGAGCCGCGUCGCCGGUCCCCCGGACACCGCCGCCUCCGUAGCCAGUCUUCCUCCCCGGUACCGGCGGAAGCCGCUUGCCGCUGAAGAGAUGGACUACAUCCAGCGUGGGGGACCAGAGUGACCGUGCGUGUGGACCAAAUAUUUGCAACGUCCGUGGGAAUCAUUUUCUAUGACUCUGCUGGGUUCUGUUUCUCGUCACUGAACGGUGUGCCUGCCGCAGGCGUCCCCUCGCGAGUUCCUCAGUGUCGUAUCCAGUGAGCACUAUUGUUAAAAUGGGACUGAUAAGGAGUCCACAGCUCAUUAAUCACACAGCGCAAAAUUAGGGUUCGGGCCGUUCCAUCAUCCUGCCUCGCGCACUUCGGACGCCCCGCUGAAUACUGCUGAGAAACAACGGCACUUCUUAAAAUCGGGGGUGGUGGUGGGGGUGGGCUGCAGCUCGUCUUUAAAAAUGGUUAUAGAGCUGCCGUUGUUUUUUGGAUUUCGGGUUUGUAAAGCUGCUUAUGACUUGAUGGCUACAUUUUUUCAUGUUGUAUGAAAAUUGCGUUGUGUCCUGCAGUGUAAGAAAUGUCUUGCAUGAAGCCAUCUAUGCAAGCGUUCCUGUGUUUGCUCAAGCGUACCGUCACAUCUGAGUGAUAAAAGCCAACACCAGGAUCGGUAGGAUGCCGCGGCUGAUCAUAUUGAUGGCUAAAUUCUUGUUGGCUGUCAGGAAAUUAAAUGAUGCAAUCAGGACCUAAGAGGGGCUAUGCCCAUAUUUGGAAAGAUCAAAUGAAAGUGUGUAUUGGAUAUUCUAGAUGUUCAUUAUUAAAAUAUUCCAUGCGUUAA